CCGCUUGUCAAUUGGGCUAUUGUUGCUGCCAUGGCUCCAGCUACCAGUAUCCUCGCCGUCAUCGCUGCAUUGAGCGGAAGCGCUCUUGCGCAGUCCCAGUACGGCGAAAACCAUGUCCGAGUCAACUUGGAUUCGGAUAUGGUUGAGCAGGGCGCUUUUCCUGCGCCGAACGUCACUCUCCUUAGCCCGGCCUUCUUGCCGAACGCAAGUUUCGCUCCUGGAUGGACCGAGGGUUCUGAUGGCGCUACCAGUCAAUCGACAAUGAGCGCCUUUUUGGAAUCGAUUGCCACCAAGAACCCGUCGUGGGCGUCGUUUCGCAAUACGGAAUUUCUUUCGGAAGAGGGGCGACCUUUCCCAUACGUCCAUCUGUCGAGCUCACAGAAUGCGACAUCUGGAAAGUUGAGGGUAUGGCUGCAGGGAAGUGUACAUGGAAAUGAGCCGGCGGGUGAUGAGGCUCUCAUGGCACUACUAGGAGCUUUGGACGCCGACGAGAAAUGGGCGGCGAGUUUCCUCGAAGCCAUGGACAUCAUCGUGCUACCACGAUACAAUCCUGAUGGCAACGACUACUUUCAGCGCACGUUGGCGACGAACUUCGACCCGAACAGAGAUCACACAAAAUUGAUGCGCCAGCAGACGAGAGAAAUCAAGCAAUUUUUUAACGAUUUCUCUCCGCAUAUUGCCGUAGAUCUUCAUGAAUAUGGGGCUGCGAGUCGUUUCGCAGGAAACUACAGUAACGCUGCCGACGGAAUGUACAGCGCUGCCAAGAACCUCAAUAUUCACCCAAAGAUCCGGGAACUUAGCGAAACUCUCUUUGCGCCUGCCAUUAAUGCUUCAAUGGCUUCCAAAGGUCUUCGUGGCGAACCAUAUAUGACCGCCUCCUCAUCGAGCAAUCCCGUCAAACUAGACGAAGCCGGAACCGAUGCGAAGAUUGGAAGAAAUUCCAUGGGUCUUAGCCAAUGCGUCACCUUCCUUACUGAAACUCGUGGAAUCGGCAUCGCGAACCAGAGCUUUAAGCGAAGAACCCUCGCUGGCCUGCAGAUGGUCCUCGGUGUGCUAGAAACAGCCCGGGACCACAAAGAAGACGUGUACAACACCAUGGAAAGCGCCAUAGAAGAGUUCGCUAAGAGUUCCGAGGACAUUGUGAUUACCGACUAUACCGAGUAUAGCGAUCGGACCUGGACCAUGGUAGACAGGCGGUCCGGCGAGGUUGUCCAGAUUCCAGUCCAAUUCGCAAGCACAACUCCAGCGACCGCGAACUUGACCCGCACAAGACCAGAGGGCUACGUGAUCCCCCGCGCAUGGUCUGACGUGGCCGAGCGCUUGCGAAUCGCGGGCCUGGAAAUCGAGACAUUGGCGGACUCCUUUAUCGAUGAGGUCGAAGUGUACAACAUCACCUCGUCGUCGCUGGGAAGAUCCUACUAUGAGGGCCAUGUUCUUAACAGAGUCACUACCGAGACGUUGACGCAGACUAUCGAAUUACCUGCGGGAAGUUUCUUUGUUCCCACUGCGCAGAAGAAUGCUGGCCACGCUUUCGUGACGCUCGAGCCUGAGAACAUUGACUCGUAUGUUAGUUUUGGUAUUGUGCCAAUGGAGGUUGGAGACCUUUAUCCUAUCUUCAGGAAGGUGUAGUAGUAUGGAUGUGUGCGUCAUUGCUAUACUUAUGUAGUUAUUUCCGUUCGCAAUCCCAGAGUACCAAUAAUUUAGUCCACUGCAACACAACAUUUGAGCACAUGCAUAUGCUGUAGCCAUGUGAUGAUCUGCCGAUAAUUCUUGCAGUUGGCAGAUUAAUCGGCGUUUAUGGGUUCUUCCAUGGCAUUCACUAGAAAACUACCUAGUCGAUUCGCCAACGGUAUAUUUUCCUUCCGUGCGGCCCGCUGCAGUCGCCAGUCGGUGGCGCGAGUGUUUAUGAACGGAACGCGCAAUGUCCGCCACCCGACGUAUAUACCGUAUAUCUGUGUUCCAAUCGGAACAACAAGCGUUUAAAUUCCCGAUUGUCCAGGAGUAUUAGUCCGGAUUUUUUCUCGUUUCCAGAUAAACUGACGAUAACGACAUGGGGCAAGAGCCGCUGUUCCUGGGCGCCAUCAUCUUCGUUGGGUUGUAGUGGACGGGACCCUUUUUCUACCAAGUAUUCGUGUUUUGUGAACAGCGCCUAUGCGAGACCAACAGCCAGCCAAAACGUCAUACUCGUUUCAAGAAUCAAAUCCCACUCACUCUCGCCAC